AGGACGUCAUCAGGGUGGACGCAUCCACGAGCCACGCGUGGACUGCUCAGUACACCUAGCAGAGGGAUUUUGUUGGCGUUUUGUUUUGGAUGAUGUUCACUGCUGAUAUGUGGUGCAGACUUCUUCUGUGCUUCUCACUGGCGCGCUUUGCGCACACGCAGCUCGCCACUCCAGGCUUGUUUUACGCGCUGCGCUCCGAACUCUCCGAGGACGCGAUACUCGUUGCCAACAACGGAAUACGCGUCCCCUUCGGGAGGUCCGUGUUCGUCGAUCCGGUCAACGACCUGGUAGUCCAGACGCAGCCGGGUGACCGCUGCAGCAUCACCGUGCUGGACAACGACCCUCUCUCCCAGCGGCCGGGACACCUCUCCCCAAAGAAGUUCCCGUGUGAGUUUGGCAACAAUGACGUCACGUACACCCACUACGGCUCCAGGAGUCCGACGCGGGACCGCGUGAGGCUGCAGCUGCGCUACGACGCGCACACCGAGACUGUCAUCAUUCCCUUCAUGAUGGAGGUGGAGGUGGUCUUUACACAGCUGGAACUCCUCACCAAAAACAUGCCUCUCACAGUAGAUCAUUUUAGGGGCACCAGCAACCCCAUAGACAAGAGGAUUGUGGACUUCACUUAUGACCGGGACUUGUACAAGUGUGGAGUGAUGUCCCUGUCCAGUGGGAGUGUGCUGCCCCGCUAUGGUAGGCUGGUGGAUGGCGGCAAACUGUCCCAAAGCAUUGACUGUGAUGAGUUCACGCGUGCUGACAUCCGCUACCAGCACACGUUUGAGCACACGUCGCCCAACCGGGAUCACGUUCCCAUGGUGGUGGAGCUCCAUGACAAGGAGGGCAAUUUGGUCAAGCAGGAGCACUUCCACCUGAUGGUCCGCAUCAGAGAGGGGCUGGAGAACACGGCGCCCAAGCCAAGCUUCGUGUCCAUGAUGAUGAUGGAGGUGAGCCAGUUUGUCAUGACCGCACUUACGUCGGACAUGCUCGCUGCAGACGACGCAGAGUCACACCCUGGUGAGCUCAUCUUCAACAUCACCUCACCGCUGUCUUACGAGGAGGGCUUCAUUGUCAGCACAGACGACCAGAACCUGCCCAUCACGUCUUUCUACCAGAGAGACCUGCAGGACCUCAAAAUAGCCUACAAGCCCCCCUCCUUAGACUCGGACACUGAGAGGAUUUUCCAGCUUGAGUUUGAGGUUGUAGACCCGGAGGGCGCUGUCUCAGACCCCUUUGCUUUCAUGAUCGUGGUGAAACCUAUGAACUCUUUGGCGCCUGUUGUGACCCGUAACGUGGGCCAGCUGCUGUACGAAGGCCAGUCCCGCCCUCUUUUCAGCGGUCACAACUUGGAGAUCAGCGACGAAGACAACCUGGACAUGGUGGCCAUAACGGUGGUGGACGGGCUCCGCCACGGCACCCUGCUGGUGCUGGGGUCUCGCAGGAAAAGUUUCACCCCUGACGACCUCACCCUUGGGGUGAUUGUAUACCAGCACGAUGGCAGCGACACACACAGUGACAACAUAGUGUUCAAGAUGACGGAUGGGAAACAUGAUGUGGAAUUCCUCUUCCCCAUCACCAUCGUUCCCACUGAUGACGAGCCCCCCAUCAUCAAUGCCAACACUGGCAUGGUCCUUUUCAAACACCAGAUGAUGCCCAUCUCUCCCCUCAUGCUGAGUGCCGCUGACAUCGACUCUGAGGACUCCACCAUUAAAUUCACGCUCACCCCCCCCUUUUCCACAAUCGGCACCGUCCUUCUCAGACAGUCUGAUGCCCCGGAGGACCCCUCCUCCUGGAAGUUCAACUCAGAGGAUGAGGUCUAUGAGAAGGAGGUGCGAGAGUGGCUGCAGAAAGACAUCACUGAUGGGAAAGUCUUCUACAAGCACGUAGGGCCUCACAACAUUGACACAGUCAUCGACCAGUUCGUCUUCACAGUCCAAGAUGACAACGACCCACCCAACGAGUCAGGUGAAGCUGUGUUUAUAGUCCGUAUUUUGCCCAUAGAUGAUGUGCCCCCCGAGCUGUACCCUGGGACCACCCUGCGGAUGACCGUGGAGGAGUACAAGCUGACUCAGUUCAGCAAAGAAGUCCUGCGAUACACUGAUUUGGACUCUGAAGACCGUGACCUUAAAUACACCGUCAUCCACCCCCCGACUGAUACCGAUGAAAAUAACCCUAUAGUUUUUGGUUAUUUGGUUCUGACAGACAGCCCUGACACUGAGGUCGCAGAGUUCACACAAGCUCAACUGAAUCACCACAAGAUUGCCUACAGCCCCCCCAACAUCGAGCUGGGCAUCACCGCGCACGUGGUGCAGUUCCGCUACAACGUGGAGGAUACCUCAGGGAACAGCGUGGAGGGGGUGUUCACCAUCUACCUCCAGCCUGUCAACAACAAGCCCCCCCAAAUUACUAACACGGGCUUCACAGUGUUUGAGCGCAGCAUCCGUAUCAUCACCAUUGCUGAACUGGACGCCAUGGACCCAGACACUGAGGGUAAAAUGAUCACGUUCACGCUCAGCCAGCCACCCAAACAUGGACACGUCCAGUUGGCAUUCACUGACUUGGAGAAAAAAACAGUCUUCAGUCUUGAGGACCUCUCACAAGGGAGGAUAUCGUACAGUCACGGUGGUGAGGAGACGCUGAGUGAUGAGUUCCAGCUGGAUGUCAGCGAUGGCUUCCAUGUUGUAACUGUGACUGUCAAAGUCCACGUGAAGCCCGUGGAUGACGAAACACCGAUUCUCAGUCUGCCUGCAGGAACAAUUGGCUCUCACAUGGAUGUGCUAGAAAAUGGCGCCACAGAAAUCACGACUAAUGUGAUCCAAGGCCGUGAUGAUGACACAGAUGACCUCCAGCUGACCUUCAUUUUGGAGGACCCCCCAGCCAUGGGUGAGGUUUUAGUGAAAGGAGUGCCUGCCAGCAGGUUCACGCAGGCUGAUGUCAUCAAUGGCCUGGUUGUCUACGCCCAUACCGGUGGCGAGAUAGGCCUCGCGUCGCAGCAGGACGGCUUCAAUUUGACCCUCACAGACAUGUCAGAUGAUUGGACUGUGGGGGGAAAUAAGGUCAUUGGUGUCCACGUGCGUGUCACCAUCCUCCCCGUGGACAAUCAGGCCCCUGAGGUUGGAGUUGGGGUGCAGUUCAGCAUCAUUGAAGGGGACCGUAAUGCCAUUGGCCCUCAGCACCUGGAUGCAGACGACAAUGACACCCCGGUAGAAGAUAUCCUCUGCACCAUCAUGGUCCAGCCCACUGCUGGCUACUUGGAGAAUAUAUCACCUGCACCCGGGUCUGAAAAGUCCAGGUCAGGCACGGCAAUCAGUUCUUUCACCAUCAGAGACAUCAAAGAAGGAAAUAUCUACUACGUGCAGAGCAUUCAUAAAAGUGUAGAACCAGUGGAGGACAGGUUCACCUUUAGGUGCUCGGAUGGAAUCAAUUUUUCAGGGAACCUGUUCUUUUCCAUCGUCAUAAUCCCCACCAAUGAUGAGAAGCCAGAGAUCUAUUUGAGGGAGAUUGUCGUGAUGGAGGGGAUGAACAUUGUCAUUGAUACUCCCAUCAUGAAUGCCGGCGACGCUGAUAUCCCAGCGGAGGAACUGCUGUUCAUCAUCUCCAGACCUCCUAAACAUGGUGCCAUUUUAAACCAGCUGCCCACAGGCUCAGUCCUGGUGACUAACUUCACACUGGAGGAGAUCAGAGAGGCGUCCAGUAUUGUCUACGAACACGACGACUCAGAGACAACAGAGGACAGCUUUGAAGUCAAUGUGACUGAUGGGAAGUUUUCAGCCCAGAAGACAGCAACUGUGAUGAUCAUCCCCGUUGACGACGAGACCCCCAGGAUGCAAAUCAACGACGGCUUGGAGGUGGAAAUUGGCGAGACCAAAGACAUCAACAACAAAGUCCUCAAAGCGACUGAUUUAGAUUCAGAGGACAGCGCUCUCAUUUACAUCAUCCGCUUUGGACCAGGUCAGGGUCUGCUUCAGCGGAGGACCGCCCUUGGGUCGGUGGAGAACAUCACUGUUGGCAUGAACUUCACACAAGCAGAGAUUGACACAGGACUUAUAUUCUACACACACAACGGGCAGGAGGGCAUCCGAGACCUGGUCAAGUUUGACUUGACGGAUGGAAUCAACCCACUAAUUGAUCGUUACUUCUACAUAAGCGUGGGCAGCAUCGACAUGGUCUUCCCUCAUGUUGUCAGCAAAGGUGUGUCCCUGAAAGAAGGUGGUCGUGUCACUCUGACCACCGACCUCCUCAGCACCACUGACAUCAACAGCCCAGACGAGAACCUGGUCUUCACCAUCACAAGGGCACCUGUCAGAGGGCACUUGGAGUGCACAGACACCCCUGGGGUGCCAAUCGUCUCCUUCACGCAGCUCCAACUCGCCGGCAGUAAGGUCUAUUACAUCCACACUGCAGACGACGAGUUGAAGAUGGACAGUUUUGAGUUUGAAGUGACUGAUGGCUACAAUCCCAUUUUCAGAACCUUCAGAAUCUCCAUCCUGGAUGUUGACAACAAGAAGCCUGUGGUGACCAUCAAUGAUGUGCAUGUCACAGAAGGGCACAGUAAGCUAAUCACACCCUUUGAGCUCACAGCCGAGGACCAGGACACCGCUGAGAAGCUGCUCAAGUUCACCAUCACCCAGCUGCCUGUCCACGGCAAGCUCCUCUUCAACCUGUCCAGACCAGUCAGCACCUUCACCAAACAAGACCUCAACGAAAACCUUAUCAGCUACAAACACGACGGCACUGAGUCUUCCGAGGACUCCUUCUCCUUCACUGUCACCGAUGGCACGCACUCGGACUUCUAUGUCUUCCCGGACACCGUUUUUGAGACCCGGCGCCCACAGACCUUGAAGAUCACCAUUGUGGCCCUCGACAACAGUGUCCCACAACUGGUGGUCAACAAGGGUGCUCCCACGUUGAAGAUCUUGUCCACCGGUCAGCUGGGAUUCCUCAUCAACUCCAAACACUUGAGAGCGGAGGACAGGGACAGCAGCCCGACAUCACUGGUGUUCCAUAUUACGGUACCGCCCAAACACGGGUACAUCGCCCACCUCGGCCGAGGGAACAACUCAGUCCUAAGCUUCAGUCAAGCCGACAUUGAUGACCUGAACAUCUGCUAUGUGCUGCGGAGAGAAGAAAAUGCCACGUCGGACGUCUUUCACUUCACCGUGGAGGACAACGGUGGGAACAAGCUGAAGGGGCAGCACUUCCGUCUCGAUUGGGCCUGGAUCUCCUUGGAGAAGGACUAUUACGUGGUGGACGAGGAGGACAAGUUCCUGGAGGUGGUGCUGAGGCGGAGGGGCUACCUUGGCGAGACCUCCUUCGUUGGGAUCGGCACUCAGGACGGCAGCGCCAAGAAGGACGAGGACUACAGGGGGAAGUCCCAGAGGCAGGUCCAGUUCAAUCCGGGCCAGACCAGCGCCACCUGGCGGGUUCGCAUCCUGACGGACGGCAAAUAUGAACAGGCCGAGACGUUCCAGAUUCUGCUGUCCGAGCCGGUCAUGGGGGUGCUGGAGUUCCCUGCCACAGCCACAGUGGAGAUCCUGGAUCCCGGCGAUGAGUCCACCGUCUUCUUCCCAGAGCCACUCUUACCCGUGGAGGAGGACGUCGGCCGCCUGUCCAUCCCGGUGCAUCGCAGCGGAGACGUCAGCGAGGAGCUCCUGGUGGUCUGCUACACUCAACAAGGUUCCGCCACUGGGACAGUCCCAACCACUGUCCUAUCCUACUCGGACUACAUCUCCCGGCCGGAGGAGCACAGCAGCAUGCUGCGCUUUGACAAGGGCGAGCGGGAGAAGUCGUGUCGUGUGGCGGUCAUCGACGACUCGCUGUACGAGGGCGAGGAGAGCUUCAACGUCAGCCUCUCCAUGCCUAUGGGGGGCCGCCUGGGCCUGCACUACCCCUCGGCGAGAGUCACCAUCUUGGAGGAUAAAGACGACGCUCCAGUCUUUUAUUUUGGAGAGAAGGAGUAUCACGUGGAUGAGAGUGACGGUUACGUGGAAGUCAAAGUGUGGCGCACCGGUACCGAUCUCUCCAAGGCCGCCACCGUCACCGUUCGCUCUCGCAAAUCCGACCCUGUCUCGGCAGAAGCCGGGGUGGACUACGUGGGCAUCAGUCACAACCUGGACUUCGCUCCGGGAGUUAGCGUGCUAACAUUCCGGGUCAACAUCCUAGAUGACCUGGGGAAGCCUGAGCUGGAGGGACCUGAGAGCUUUGACCUGGUCCUGCGUAUGCCAACAAACGGCAUACUGGGGGAACCUGGGAAGGUGACAGUCUUCAUCAACGACUCUGUGUCAGACUUACCAAAGGUCCAGUUCCGUGAAGCGGUGCACGCUGCUGAGGAGCACGAGGGUCAGCUCGCGGCCACGGUGUACCGCAGCGGCGACCUCAGGCUGGCCUCCACUGUGCGCUGCUACACACGUCAGGGCUCAGCCCAGGUGGUCUCGGACUUUGACGAGCGUCCCAAUACGGACGCUUCCAUCGUCACCUUCUUGCCUGGCGAGACGGAGAAGCUGUGUGUCGUGUCACUGUUCGACGACUCGCUCUACGAGGAUGUGGAAGAGCUCCGCUUGGUCCUCGGGAGCCCAAAAAGUGACUCAAAGUUUGGUGCCGCGCUAGGGACGCUGAAUGAAACCUUGGUGAAAAUCAAGGACACUGCUGACAAGCCUGUCAUUCGUUUUUCCGAGACCAAGUUCAGCAUCAGCGAGCCCAAGGAGGUGGGAGCCUUGGCGACCGUAAGGAUCCCCGUGCUACGACUGGGUGACACCUCCAAGGUGUCCGUUGUGCGGGUUCACACCAAAGACGGGUCAGCUGUGUCGGGGGAAGACUACUACCCUGUAUCCCGAGACAUCGAGUUCAAGCAGGGCGACAAGGAGCACGUGGUGGAGGUGGAGGUGUUGUACGACGGCGUGCGAGAGAUGAGGGAAGCCUUCACGCUGCACCUGAAGCCCGAUGACAACAUGGUGGCAGAAACUCAGGUGACCAAAGUAAUCGUUUAUAUCGAGGAGACCAACAGCAUGGCUGACGUCACCUUCCCGUCUUUGCCUCACGUGGUGUCACUGCUCCACUACGAUCACGACGCCAGGACGGGCAGUCCCCGCCCGCCUGCCGGCUACCCUGUCAUCUGUGUGACGGCCUGCAACACCAGAUACCCGGACUAUGACAAGACGGGGUCCAUAUGCGUCAGCGAGCAUAUCAAUGAUACUUUGACUCAAUAUCGCUGGCUUGUCAGCGCCCCCGCUGGCCCCGACGGUGUCACCAGCCCCAUGAGGGAGGUGGACUUUGACACCUUCUUCACCUCCUCCAAGAUGAUCACGCUGGACUCUGUCUACUUCCAAGCGGGCUCCCGGGUCCAGUGCGCCGCCAGGGCCGUGAACUCCAACGGAGACGAGGGGCUGGAGCUGAGCAGCCCCGUCGUUGCCAUCAGUCAGGAGGAAGGAAUGUGUCAACCACGUAAGAUGGGGACCGUCGGAGCUGAGCCUUUCUCGGCCAAGCUGCGUUACACCGGAGCGGAUGACCCCAGAUACCAAAACCUCAUCAAAGUGACUGUCACCAUGCCGCACAUUGAUGGCAUGCUUCCGGUCAUUUCCACGCGGCCCCUCAUGAACUUUGACCUGACUCUCAGCCCAGACGGAACCCGGGUGGGAAACCACCGCUGCUCCAACCUGCUGGACUACAGCGAGGUCACCACAGGCCAUGGCUUCAUCACGCCCGCCACACGCAACCCGGAGAGCGCGGGAGACGCGGCACCCUACCAGUUCAGCGGGUCUUUGCGGGGGAAUGGCACGCUGCGGUUCUACAGGAACCUCAACCUAGAAGCCUGCCUGUGGGAGUUCAGCAGCUACUACCACAUGUCUGAGCUGCUCACGGACUGUGGCGGCACCAUCGGGACAGACGGACAGGUUCUGAACUUGGUCCAGUCCUACGUUACGCUGCGUGUUCCUCUCUACGUGUCCUACGUGUUCCACUCUCCUGUGGGCACCGGCGGCUGGCAGCACUUUGACCUCCAGUCGGAGCUCCGCCUCACCUUUGUGUACGACACUGCCAUCUUGUGGAAGGAUGGCAUCGGCAGCCCCCCCCAGGCUGAGCUGCAAGGUGCGUUGUAUCCCACCAGCAUGCGCAUCAACCAGCAGGGACGCCUAGCGGUCAAUUUCCGCACCAAGGCUCGCUUUAGGGGUCUCUUUGUGGCAUCUCACUCUGCUGGAGGGAGAAUCAAAAGAUCCGCGUCCUCUGUGUCCUCCAUGGUGAUGAGCAUGGACCACCCGGGUCUGACCUUUAACCUCACACUAGUGAGGAGCGAGCCCACCUACAACCAGCCGGUGCAGCAGUGGACCUUCACCUCCGACUUUGCUGUCAGAGACUACUCGGGGACCUACACCGUCAAGCUGGUCCCCUGCACCACCGCCCAGAAUAUGGAGUACUCGGCCCCGCCUGUGUGCAGUCCCAGAGAGCCUGUCACCUUUGACCUGGACAUCAGAUUCCAGCAAGUGAGCGACCCGGUGGCUGUGGAGUUCAGUCUGAACACUCAGAUGUUCUUACUGUCCAAAAGAAGCUUGUGGCUCUCUGACGGCUCCGUCGGCUUCGGCCAGGAGAGUGAUGUCGCCUUUUCUGAGGGUGACACCAUCUAUGGCCGUGUCAUGGUGGACCCUGUGCAGAACCUCGGUGAUUCUUUCUUCUGCGGCAUCGAGAAGGUCUUCCUGUGCACUGGAGCUGAUGGCUACGUUCCAAAGUACAACCCCACCAAGUUUGAGUUUGGCUGCCUGGCUGACUCUCCUUCUCUGCUCUACAGAUUCAAAAUCCUCGACAAGGCUCAGCCGGAGACUCAGGCAAGAGUGUUUGGUGCUGUUGAUUUUAAUGCCGUUCUGGCGAUGGAUGACGCGUCGGCCUUGUCUCUUAUCCGGCAGCCUGGCUCAGACGGCUUCAAACUGGACUCGACCGCCAUGUUCCAGGUUGCAUCAGGUCGUGAGUGGUACAUUCACACUAUCUACACAGUCCGCUCCAAGGAAAAUGCCAACAGAGGGAUCGGAAAGCGCAGUCUGGAAUACCACUCCUUCACGUCCACGGGCAGUGACCUUGCUUCCAAAGGUGAUCGAUCCAGGAGGUCAGCCGACAACCAUGUCCCAGAUGUCGCCACGGACAUUGGCGCUGACAACAACCGCGGCACCAAUAUUAUGCACAUCGCUCUGGACCGCACCAAGCGGCGGACGGGUGUCUCCGACGAGCUGCUGGCGCGCGGGCCAGAGCCGAGCAAGCUGGGCGGCGACGAAGUAGAGGAGGGUCUGGUGACUGUGGUGGGGGCGCUGGUGGGCGUGCUGCUGACGGCGCUGGUCUGCGUGGUGCUGGUGCUGGCACUGCGCUCCAGGCAGAAGGAGGGCAAGGAGGGGUGGCGAGAGGGCGUGCAGGAGGUGGUCAAAAGCUCAAUCAGCGCCGAGCCCAUGCUGGUGGUCAGGAUGCAAGACUGCCAUGACAGCUCGGAGGUCUGAGCGCAGUGGACACCCGUGAUGUGGGCUUUUAUACAAUUUGUUUUUAACUUUCUGUGAUUGUUCUUUCUUUGCUCAUUCACUGCAAUAACAAAGCACGGCUGGUAGCGUUCUACUUUUGACUGCAAUGUCAAGUGCCUGAAGCCGCCAUUAUGUCCCCUUCAGGAUGUAAUCAGGAUAAACAAAGCGUCUCAUGGGCACAAAAACACAGUAUUUGUAUGACAUGUCCCCCAAAUCACCCAAAACAAGGACAUUCAUGUCAGAACCAACACAAUUUAUUAGCUUCACUAUUGCAUUGUGGCCUCAUAUAUACUUUAUUAGCUUAUUUUCUUUCCUCCAAGCUGGAGUUUCUAACAUCAAAUAAAUGAGUAAAUAGUGGAUUUAAGUGGAAAAUGUGCCAAAUAGACUGCACCUCCUGGUCUUCUACAUUAUUUAAAUUAUACUCUCACUGGCCACUACAUUAGGUACACAAGCCAAUGAGAUUCAAUACAGAAAAUGUGUUCACUUUUGAUUGACACGGUAAGAGAGGUUUUCAUUUAACAAUACAUUUAUUAUUGUGCUUGUAGAGCUAUUGCUCAUAUUUUGGUGGUGCGAGGUGGUCUAAAUUUUAGAACCACCUCUCAGUGUGAUCAAUAUGGAAUGAAAAAAGUCAACGAUAUAUCCCUUUGGGUGACCCAAUGUCUAAAAACAAGCUGCUAUAUCAAAUGUACUCAUCUAUUAUAUCAUUGUUUGUUCAUUUUGUAAUGAUUUUUUUUUUUUUUUUUACAUUUUUUACAGUACAUGCUACUGAUUUACUGUGUUAUUUAAUGUGCGGUGCAUAUAGACAACAUAUCUAAGUGUCAGCUUCACUGUGCAUUGCUGUGGGCUCUCAUCACAUUUCAUGUCCGCACUGCUCAAAGCACACACAAUAUGUAUUUAAAUUUUCACCUCAGGAGUUGACUGUUUUUAACAGCGGGCUGUUUUCUGAGGCUGAUUGUUUCAUCUGUCGUCUUUUCUCUAUCACACACAUGCUGUAGCUGCUGUACUAUAUAUUUGUCACUGUGAACAUUCAAACAUUUCACCAAAGAAUAAUCAUAUUGUUUACAUGUGCUGUUGUCUUAUCUGCUGAUGACGCUACAAUAUACCAACACCCCUAUGCAGGUCCAAGCUAUGCAAUGUAAAUUUAAAGUAUGUAAAACACAGCCACCUCCCCAUGCAAAAGAUAGUCACACUCAAACUUUAUAUCACAUUGUGUCUUUUUAUGUUUUCUGUUUCAUUGUACAUGUAUUUAAUAGAAUAAAU